UUAUGAGGACAGAGCAACUACCUACGGAGGUCGAUGGUGUCAGCUCUGACCAGAACUCGUCGGCUAAAUUGACGAGGGUCUAUGGUCAAACUACAUCGGAAUGCAGGAUCUGUGACCGCAUAUGUCUUGCAGAAUAAGCAAUGAGACAGUCAGGUUUUGCUAUCAGUGCAUCACAGAGUUUGUUCGGCAAUAAAUAUACGGUCAAGCAUUCCUUCAAUACACAAGCAGUAAAACAAAACAGAUUCAGUCUUUCAUUGGCUGCACAUCCUGCACUGGCAAUAAGCCAUUUCCCAGUAUAACCACUCCGGACUGAAUGGCCUCCUUUGCUUUGUCAGCUGCGUUGAGACUGUGGGGACGGAAAGCUGACUAGUUUGGCCUCGCUGACCUGACCCCUCUUGCUCCGGUGGGUGCGUGCCUGUGACUUGCCAGACACAUGAAAAAUGUGAAGGGAAUUUCGAUACAAAUUCGCAGAUUGCCUCCGUUUUCCAGAGGACUGGGGGUGGGCGGGGUUGGGGGCGUGUUUUUUUUUGUUUGUUUUCUGGGAGUUUAGGUCUGAUUGACGGCUUCGGGGCUGAGCUGUCCGGAAUAUUCAUUCCCCCGCCUCGCAGACUCGCUCUGUUCCUCGGAAUGUGUGCUGAAUAUUUCCUGUCAGGCAGAGCGGUACAGUGAGACACUCGGGGAUUGACUGUGUUGUGUGUGCGUGCGGGAGAAAGACUCAAAAUCCAGUCUCUGUUGGAGGGAAGUUCUCUUCUAAGAUUGAACCUUUUCGGACUUCAGGGAGGAUCCGCGCGGAAGAUGGUUUCCCAGAAGGGAGGAAGGCAGCAUGAAUAAGACGGCUUCAGAAGAGCUCAGCCGAAGUUCAAUGGAAUAAUUAUUACCGAGGAAAAAGAGUCUGCAGAGGGAUCUGUGGCAUUGCUAGGGGAGAUGUCUUCAAGUCUAACUUGUGUCGGGAUGCUGUGGGCUACGCUGUCCCUGCUGUGUGCUGCAGCCUCCUGCACCGGCUUCUUUAUGCCCUACUGGCUGCUGGGCUCCCAACUCGACAAGCCGGUCAGUUUCGGCGUGUUCCGCCGCUGCACCUACCCGGUGCGCCAGGAGGGUCAGCUGCAGUCGGUGGUCAUGGUGGAGCAGUGCGGCAGAUACGCCUCUUUCCUGGGCAUCCCCAGCCUGGCCUGGAAGAUCUGUUCGGUGGUGACCGGGGUGGGAUGCGGUCUCCUCCUGCUGGUGGCGCUCACCGCGCUCAUGGGCUGCUGUGUUUCCGAGCUCAUCUCCAGGACAGUGGGCAGGGUGGCUGGAGGCAUUCAGUUCGUGGGAGGUCUACUGAUUGGCUCUGGUUGUGCCCUGUAUCCCCUGGGCUGGAACAGUGAAGAAGUGCAGCAGACCUGCAACAAUCUCUCAGACCAGUUUGAGCUAGGUACGUGUCAGCUGGGAUGGGCUUAUUACUGUACUGGAGGAGGGGCAGCAGCUGCAAUGCUUCUCUGCACUUGGCUGGCUUGCUUUGCUGGCAAAAAACAGAAACAGUAUCCAUACUGAAACCCCAGAUAAGGACAAAGAAACAGCUCUGAGCAAGAGGGCUGUGGAGGAGGAAAACUGCAGGCAGAACAAUUUAUGGAACCUUUCCAAUAUUUCUGUUCAGUUUCACUGAUUGCUCCAAAUGAGAUUCAAAAUCCAAAAUGAGAAGAUUGCAAACUGAAAGUCAAUCUGAACAAAAGACUCCAGUUCUGUGUUAUAUGAACUUUUUUCUUUCCUUUUUAAGCGUUUGUUUCUAGGAUAUAUAGUGUCAAGGCCUUCUAAAUCAUUCAUGAGGAAGGAUUGUGGUGGUCAAGUUCUCUUUGUUCAGACUGAAAUCCCUAAAGUUAAAGCAAAGGUUGAUCACAGGUAUUAAUGAUGCCUCAGAAUGAAUGGAGACUCUUGAAGAUGUUCCUGCUUGUAUGGCUGCAGGCAUGUUUUCACUGACAGCGAACUUCUUAGAGUGGCUCCACAGGAAAGAGGAACUGAUUACAAACCAGCUGGUCACAUGUUUUCCUGGGAUCUGUGACUCUUGGGGCACCACUCAGGCUCAUUUGUAAAGAAGUCAUGCCUUCUAUUUGCUUUCGAGCUGCUUGAAAGUUUCCGAGAACAUGCUCUGCUCAGGGGAUUCAAUCUCCGAGUUGGCAGAAAUAGUCCCAUAUUUUGUUUUCUAACAAAAGAUUUAUGGUGAGCUUAUUAUUCUAAUCUGUACAUUAUCAAAUAAUUUGAAAGAAUGAGACUCCCUUUCACUCUUUUUUUUCACCUUUUUAAAUAAGGUUUUUCAAUGGACCAAUUUACUAGUAUGACCCUUUUUUUACAUAUAUGUACAUAAUUAUAAAUAUUAUUAUAUAUCCAUAUGUACACAAAAAUGGAUACAAUUGUGUAAUUUGGUAACAAUGUUAAAGUCUAGUAAAUGUACUUAAUAGCAGUAUUUUAUGUUCAUUUCCACAUUGUCAUGUCAAAGUAUAUUGUAUUCAACAUGUGUACACUUCAGUAUAUUGGUUUAUAUGGUACAAAUUUGUAUAAGUGUUUUACUGUUACAGUAUACAAGUAACAGUCACUUCCUAUGCAGAUAUUUAACAAAUCCUGUAAACAGCAAAAAUACAGAAGUUUUGGGCAUGAAUUCUCCUCUUUGUGCCAGAGAAGGAUCAGUGCAGUAAUUCUAUACAUUUCUCCAAUUAUGUCAUAAAUCCAGCCAAAUCUCCCGGUGUAGGAGUUGUAAUGUCUGCAGGGUUGUCUCCUGGUGGCAUCCACAUUAGUGAGUGGGAGCCAGUCUCUCCCUUCCACCAAUGCAAACAAGUAAAAUCCCCCUGGUUUGCAAAGACAACCCCAUUGCCACACCAGCAGAGAGGUCAUAGAGGCAUCAGAGUAGGCUUGGGUAUUUGGGCUCAGACUAUGCCAAAACCUAACAAAGUUUUGGGCAUUUGGGAUAAUUAGAAGGAGAGAAAGACACCCACUGAGGGGCUCUUUCCUGAUCAGUGGUAAUGGGGCAGUGAGUUGCUGACCCAGUGAUCACCAUCACUCUCAUUAGAUAGUACCUGAAGUGACUGAAGUCAGGUUCACACUUCCUAACAUUAUCGCAUUAGAACAGUCAUCAUGAUGGGACAUGUUGGGACUGCGAUCAGUAGCACUGCUUAAUUCUCCCACUAAUUCCACCACUAUUCAACCUGAUUUGGGGAGAAAGAUAAUCCAAAUCUUUAUAACUUUAACAACCAAAAAUUACAUUACUCUUGACUGGUCAGAAGUCAUGAGUGCAUCAAUUCUUGACAAAGUGGGCAUGUGAUUAAAGUAUAGACGUCUUGAGAGCAGAAUUUACCUUGGAACUACCACUGUAAAUUCCUUAAGACAAAACUCCAUUCUGUCGUUAUAACUCUGCUUUGAGCUCCCCUAUGUCUUUGUUCACAUGUGGGGCCUCGGCUAUCAUUUCUGACCUCAGUGAUCUGUAGCAGUUGUAAUUGUCAAAUAAAGUUUCUCCUUUGAAUUUGCAUAAGAACUGAUAGAAAACAAGAAAGAAAGUAGCACUUGUCCUUGCGAUUGAGUUCAUCUGCUUCGGUUUGGUCAAAAAGAUAUUUCCAAAAGGUUUGAUCUUAUUACAUUCAUAUGCAAAUGAUGUAUACACUUAGUUUUCUGGGUCACCUUAUCUGUCAAACCCAAACAGACCAAACCCAUAGUAUAAAAUAAACUCUAAAUGGAAGUAGGCUCAGAGUUUAAUUGGCAGUUACUGUUGAGAUACAGAAUGGUGAUAUAUUUAUUAACCAGGAACCAUCUGGCUCAUAGAUGUCUUGCCAAGGGCAACUCAAACUCAGCUUGGACUAAAAAUAUAAAGUGAACUUCUUGUCAAGUAAAAUUUCUUGUGCAGGUCAGAUUGGAUUUUUGGAUGCAAAAGUGAGAUAUUUUUGCCUGGCAAUUACACAUUUGAGAAACUUCAAGAAAAUACUUGGGUCUUGCACUGAUGACCCAAAGUAUCCUAAUCCACAUAAAAAAAACAACCAAAAAGCUAAAUGUGAACUGAGAUCACAUAUAAGCAGGUAGCUCCACUGUGAUGUACAUUAAGCUGAACAAUCCAACAGCUUUGUAAAUUUCAAAUAGUUGAUUUGAAAAGUAGUAGAGUUAGAAUUUGAAAGUUAUUGUCAUUGAGAUGUUUUGUGAUCAUAUUUAAAAACAUGCCUUUGAAGCACAAUGUCAAAUAAUUACAAAGUGUGUUUCCUAGAAAUUGUGUGAUUGUUGAGGUCUUUCUGAAAUCUUAGGUACAUUCUCAAUUCCCUAGCAACAGCCUAGAAUAAGAGCUGAAAUGAUUAAACAUUUGUAGUAAUACUUAACAUAGAUGCUAAAUCUGUCAGUGCUCAAAAUGGUCCCAAUUCUCCAAAAUAGAUUAAUGAUUUAUUAUAUCCUAAUAUCAUUAGAUGAAGAUACUUGGCUUUGUUUACAUCAUUUUAUCCUUAAGACAUCUCCCAUACCUCAAUUUGUGAUACAGAUGAAAGCUUUAGUGCAAUAUUGUAUAUCAAGAGGUCACUGUGUCCCAUUUAGUUUACAAUAGCUAUAGAGUCAUUUUUUAAAAGUCUAAAGGCACUUCAGAUGUGGAGUAGACGCAAUAAUUUAUAGAAUCUAGGUCAUCACCAGAAAUUUACUUUACAUGUAAUACAAAUCCCUGAAGGCUUCAAAAUUAAAGAUUGAGGGUUUACAGGAGAGAGAGGUUCAUAUGAGUAGGUUUUUUUUUUAUUUCAAGUGUUUGGAGAAUUGGUUGCAAUGAAAUUCUUUCCAACAAGCAUUUCAUUGAUUGGAACCACCUCAUGAGGAUGUUGAACUAUAUGAAGGUGAAAUUUAACUUCUUUUAAUGGAGAGGAAAGCCAGUGCAAUCUAUGAUUUUGCAAUUGGUAGUUUGCAGUAUUUUGUAAUACCAUAAGAAAUUUUGUUUCUUCUCAGAUCUGCCCUCUUAUUCCCCACCGCUGCUUUCUGUCAUCCCACCCAAAGACUGUUGCUUACAAAAGUGACAGGUCCCAAAAUUGUCUGCGUGGAGUGAUGUAUGGUGCUCUGAUGAACUAUGGCAGAGCAAAAUUAUUUGCUUGGUCCACUUCUGAUUCAUUCCUGGUACCUUGAGAACAUCCUCCCCAAAGGAUGUGGAACAGUCUGUUUACCUCUACCUUACAUUUACUGAAUAAAACUUGGUGUUUAGUUGAGAAGCAGGAACAAAGUAACUCAAACAAGAUGGUGAGCACCUCAAGACCAACAAGAAUCAAUAUGAUCUUGCUGUCUACUGUCUCCUGUUGGUCUAUUUGGGGACUGCUACAGGAUAAUAUUAUUCUGCAGGCUGAGCAGGAAUUGCUGUUCUUUUGUACUCUCCAUAUACAUGCUAUUAUUUCAUGCAUAUAUAAAGCAUAAUUCCACCAUGUGCAAGUUUGUACAAUACUAAGUAUUGCCACAAUAAGACUACUGGCAUGCAAAGUAUAACCUACUUCAUAUAAAACAAAGAUGUAUGCCAAGUGGUGUUGUUACUGAGUACCACAAACAUAUUGCUGUAACGUCAUCAUAUUUUGUAAGCUUUUCAAGCUACCAAUUCAACGAGCACUAAAGCUGAGAGCAAUUCUGAACUUAAUGUUAUGUUUUCAUUGUUUGCAUUUGUUACUCAAUGCUGUAAUCCAAAUCAGUAUUUCUUUCCAAUAUAUCGUUUGCAAUUUUUAAUACUUUGCAACACAUCAGUGCAACUAUUAAUUGACUGAUUUGCAGAAAACACCAUGUACUUUUGCUUGGACCAUUAAAGUACCUACAGUUGCUUUAACUUA